UACCAACGAGGAGACCUGAGAUCAUUCCUGUUUGAAUGCAGAAACUGUUUGUUUUCCUUUCAUCCAAGCAUGAACACUUUGAACAGGUUACAUUUUAAUUGGCCCAGGUCCCUGGAGGCAACGGAGUGUUAUUGACCUCAUGGAUGCUGAUGAAUCCAUCCAUCCAGUCAGGCGGUAGCACAUGAUUGCGCUCAGUUCUUUUCUUUUGGUACCUUUCACCUCGUUCCUGACAGCUGAAAUCAGGAAUGGAAAACCUCACGCCAGAGCAAUGGCGCGAGAUAAUGAACAAGAAGAUGCGCUUCCGCCCGGAGCUGCUCACCGCCAUCCAGGAAGGGAAAAUCGAGCUUCUCUGUGGACUGCUGAAGACGGGCGAUGGCAUCGUCCGCCAGCUGGAUGAGUCUGAGGAUCGGCAGUGGAGGGAGGCUCUCAACCUCUCCAUCCGCUUGGGCAGUGAAGAUGGAAUGGAUGCCCUCCUGCAGGGGGUCAAGUUUGACUUCAGGCAGAUUCACGAGGCCCUCCUGGUUGCUGUGGACACCAACCAGCCGAAGGUGGUGAAGCGUCUGUUGGAUCGUUUAGAUCAGGAAAAAGGCAACAAGAUGGACGUCCGAUCAUUCUCUCAGGCCAUCUUUGACCGCUCUAUUGACAACUCUCAGUUCGCCCCUGGGGUGACCCCGUUGACAUUAGCGUGCCAGAAGGAUCUGUAUGAAAUAGUCACUAUGCUGACUCAGAAAGGCCACGUCAUCCCGUGGCCACACAAGAUCUCCUGUGCCUGUCUGGAGUGUCGCAAUGGCCGCCAGUACGACUUGCUGAAGUUCUCCUUGUCUCGUAUCAACACCUACCGUGGCAUUGCCAGCCGGGCGUACCUGUCCAUCACCUCUGAGGAUGCCAUGCUGAGUGCUUUCAGUCUCAGCAGGGAGCUCCGCAAGCUGUCCCAGAAAGAGCCAGAGUUCAAGCCUCAGUAUCUGAGCCUAGAGGAAAUCUGUCAGGAGUUUGCUGUGGAGCUGCUGGGAAUGUGUCGCAACCAGAGCGAGGUGACCACCAUCCUGAACAGCUGUGGAGAUGAUCAGCAGGAUGCCUCGGAGGAGCAGGCCUUUGAGGAGGGAAUCCCCAACCUGUCACGUCUGAGACUUGCCGUUAACUACAACCAGAAGCAGUUUGUGGCACACCCAAUCUGCCAGCAGGUCCUUUCAUCUAUUUGGUGUGGAAACCUGGCAGGAUGGAGAGGCAGCAGGACGACCUGGAAGCUCUUAGUCUCUGUCGGGAUCUUCCUAACCAUGCCCUUCCUUUGCCUCAUCUACUGGAUUGCGCCAAAAUCAAAGGCAGGAAAGUUGCUCAAGAUUCCUGUGAUCAAGUUUAUCCUCCAUUCUGCAUCCUACAUGUGGUUUCUCAUCACUUUGCUCGGAGAGUCCAUAACUAUGGAGAUGUAUCGGGACACGUUUGCGUCUCGGGAGCAAAACAUCUUGCACAACUCCUUCCACAUGGUGUGGGUGGUUGGGUUCUUCUGGUAUGAGUGUAAGGAAGUGUGGAUCGAUGGGCUGCGGAGCUAUUUUCGAGACUGGUGGAACUGCCUGGAUGUGAUGGUUCUUAGCAUGUACUUGGCAUCCUUUACGCUGCGUGUGCUCAUCAUCUUCAAGGGUUUCUUCCUCUGUCCUGAUGAGAGUAGCAGUGAGGAUUGUGCCUACUUCACUCAGACAGUGCGCGACCAGUGGCACCAGGAGGACCCACAGCUGAUUUCCGAGAUGCUGUUUGCUGUAACCAGCUUGCUGAGCUUCACGCGGCUCGCCUACAUCCUGCCAGCACAUGAGUCUCUGGGAACGCUCCAGAUCUCCAUAGGGAAGAUGAUUGAUGACAUGAUGAGAUUUAUGUUCAUUCUGAUGAUCAUCGGGACAGCAUUCCUCUGUGGCAUCAACAACAUUUAUGUUCCUUAUGUCGCCUCUCCACAGCUUGGCAGGUUUAAUGAGACCUUCCGUUUCUUAUUCUGGACCAUGUUUGGGAUGGCCAACCCGGACUAUGUGGACAUGCCUCAGUUUGUUCUGGCCGAGUUUGUAGGACGGGUUCUGUAUGGCAUCUUCACUCUGGUCAUCGUGAUCGUUCUCCUCAACAUGCUCAUCGCUAUGAUCACCAACUCCUUUCAGAAAAUUGAGGACGACGCAGAUGUGGAGUGGAAGUUUGCCCGGUCGAAGCUGUAUCUCAGUUACUUCAGAGAGGGCCUCACCAUGCCUGUGCCUUUCAACGUCAUCCCUUCACCAAAAGCUGCAUUUUACAUUUUAAGGGGGAUCUUCAGACGAAUCUGCUGCUGCUGUUCUAAAUCAGAGCAAAAGUAUCCUCCUCUAGCUUCUGUGCCUGGUGAUGAAGGGUUGGAGGACAGCCAGGUACCUUACCGCCAGCAGGUGAUUAGAGCUCUGAUUCAGCGCUACAUCGAGUCAGCUCGCAGGGAGUUUGAGGAGACCAAGAGAAAAGAUAUUGGGAAUCGGAUCACCGAGCUGAACAAAGCCGUCUCAAGGAUGAAUGCUGAAAUGAAAGUGGUCCAGAUGGCGGAUGGACACGUUACAAACGAUGCUUUGAUCAAAGACGGCUCCUCUGUGUUGGGGAAAUACAUCACCGGUGCCAAGAACAACUUUAGAGGUUUUCACAGCCAGCAUGAUCAGAAAAACACAUCACUUAAAGUGUCAGUGCACCAUGGAAUGGGAAGGAUAGGUGAGGAGUUCGACGCACAGCAAGAGACAAAUACACCACCAAGUCAGGUGGGUGAAGGUGGAGAAGAGGAGACGAAGCAGGUGACAGACUGCGAGGUAGCCAAAAUGGAGGAAGGGCGAGCUACUUCUGAGCUGGGAGAUGAGACGGAAACUGAGAAACAAGAGAAGGAAGACACAAGUGAAAACUGUGAUAACACUUUGACAGAAGAGGUCCUAGAUGGGACAAGCUUCAAUGAUGUAGAAGAAAAGGAGACAGAGGAGGCUACACAGGUGGAUGUAGAUGUUAGAGAUGAAGAGAUUAACUCAGGGGAAGAAACGCAUGAGACAAAAGCUGAACGCACAGAAAGUGCUGAAAUCAACUGUGAGCAAAAAAUCAUGAAGAAAACAAUCAGAUUCAAAGACAUGGAGCUGAAAGACAAAGAGGUGGAGACAGGAUGGAUGGAGGAGAGAAGAUCCGACGUAGAAAAGUCUCAUUUGAGAGGGAGAGAUGGAGCGACUGGAAAAAAGAAAGUGAUUCCAUCUCCAACAGGAAGCAGCAGCUCACACGACACGGGCUUUGGGUCACAGGAGGGAGAAGGAUCCAUCGACGGUGCGCCAGUAAAACCAUAACUACCAGUUUAGGGGAUCAGCCUUCUGACAAGCAUACUCCUCAAGAUAACAUAGCUACUCACACAUAGUUUAUACAAUGCAAUUACAUGAAUGUAUGAAAUAAAAUAUUUAAAAUGAUCAUGUCUCCAAGCUUCUAGUAUAGAUCUGUCUGCAGAUUUUAUCUCUUUACAGUGAGUUAUUUAAAUUGGCUGCUUUUCUUGAACAAACUCAACUUUUCAAUCUUGGUCCACAAAUCUCCAGUUGUGUUUAGAUCAGGGAUUUGGGAACGUUUGCCUCCUUCGUCCAAUCAGAAACCAGACGUGAUGCGCGUGGGGCCAUCGUCCUGUUGAAACAAAAUUCAUAAUCCUCCUCAUGCAGGUACAGGUGAAUAUGGAGUUACCGGCGAAGGAACGAUGAGUGUGCGACUUCUCUCAUCUGGACUAAAUCAGGAGUUUUCUAAUUGAAUUCAAGCUUCAGCUAGAUGAUAUUUAAAUACCAGAUGUGUUUAGUUUGUUUUGUGCUAAUUUGAGAUCACUACGACUGGAAAUACCGACGAGCUGCCAGAGUGACAGCGUAGGUCGCGGCUUGUUUUAACACAUUCUGCCCCGCCGAGGCACUGAGCCCAAGCACACAGUCAUUACCUACUCACUUGCAGCAGCAUCCGUCCCAGGGAACAUCACACUCUGGAAAAACACCCUGGAAUAUUGCCCCAUUUUACUUUAGUGUUGCUCAACACAUUGUUUCUACUUCCUAUUUGAAUCCAUGCAGCUAAAUCCUAGGAAAUUAAGGCGAUCACAGAAAUUCUUUCUAUUUGUGUUUGACGUGUUGUAGAGCAGAUGUUAAAACAACCCAAGUGAGAUGGGGAAAAGCGAGUUCCUU